CUGGAUGGAAACGAUCACGCACCGUGGCACAUCCGCCUUUAACGCAAACCCUAGCUCUUACCAGGUCUUCCGCAACGUCAAAGAUUUCGGUGCGAAAGGAGACGGUGUUACUGACGAUACUGCUGCAAUCAACAAUGCUAUCUCCUCCGGGAAUCGAUGCGGAGGAGGUAAUUGCCCUUCAUCCACCAUUACUCCUGCCGUUGUCUACUUCCCGAAAGGGACAUACCUUGUCUCCGCCCCUCUCAAUGCGUACUAUUACACUCAGAUGAUCGGGGACGCUAGGUCGCCUCCGACUCUGCUCGCGAGCUCCGGUUUCUCCGGCCUGGCUGUUAUCGGUCACGCUGAUCCCUAUAUUCCCGACGGCUAUGGUGCGCAGUGGUACACCAAUCAGAAUAACUUCUUCCGAUCCGUCCGGAACUUCGUCAUUGACCUGCGUCAAAUGCCCGCUGCAUCGACCGCCACCGGCCUCCAUUGGCAGGGGUCUCAGGCCACGUCUCUCAUCAAUAUCGUGGUGCAGAUGUCCACUGCGAGCGGAAAUACACAUCGAGGUAUCUUCAUGGAGAAUGGAAGUGGAGGGUUCAUGGGAGACUUGAUAUUUAAUGGCGGUCAAUAUGGGAUCUGGGUUGGGAACCAACAAUAUACAGUCCGCAAUUUGACCGUUAACAACGCCAAUACGGCCGUCUUCGGUUCCUGGAACUGGGGUUGGACGUUUCAAGGAGUCAAUAUCAAUAAUUGCCAGGUCGGAUUCGACUUGACAACCGGUAGUACUACUCAAGAUAACCAGGGAGUCGGAGCUGAGGCUAUUAUUGAUGCUGUCGUGACCAACACGCCUAUAUUCGUGCGAUACUCGAAGGCUACUAGCUCUCUAGACGGCUCUUUGGUUCUCAAUAACGUUAAAUUGACCAACGUCCCAACGGCAGUUGGGGUCAAUGGUGGGCCCGUCGUACUCAACGGGGGGACAACGACCAUCAAUUCCUGGGCUCAAGGGAACGUGUAUACCGGCACCAGCUCCAGCGGCAAAUUCAUUCAGUCCAGUAUUCCCUCGAUACCUAAGGCGUCCAACCUUCUUGACAGUGCUGGGCAUAUAUUUGGGAAGACACAUCCACAGUAUAAGGACUACUCCGUUAAUCAGAUCGUUAGCGUCAAGGCUCAGGGCGCGAAGGGCGACGGCCAGACCGACGACACUGCAGCAUUGAAGAAUAUAUUUGCUACCUACGCGGGGUGCAAAAUCAUCUUUUUCGACGCAGGUACCUACCUCGUCACGUCGACUCUUACCAUCCCUGCCGGGACGCAGAUCGUUGGCGAAGCAUGGUCUGUCAUCAUGGGCAGCGGGAGCGCAUUCCAGGACCAGAACAAUCCUCAGGUGGUCGUGAGGGCCGGUGAUGCCAACUCACAGGGUGUUCUGGAAAUCUCAGACAUUAUCUUCACUACUCGUGGCCCGGCGGCUGGCGCGAUCGUCCUAGAAUGGAACGUUCACGACCCAUCCGGUCAGCAAGGCGCUGCGGGGAUGUGGGACUCUCAUAUAAGGCUUGGCGGAACUGCCGGGACAAAUUUGCAAGCAUCCCAAUGCGCAAAACAGACAAACACCGGCUCCAACUGCUUUGCCGACUUCAUGGCUCUACACUUGACAGCAGGUUCAAGUGCCUAUCUCGAGGGUACAUGGGUGUGGCUGGCAGACCACGAUUUAGACGCAUCCGGUGAAGGACAGGUCACUUUGUACAGCGGUCGUGGAAUCUAUUCCCAGUCAAAGGGCCCUGUAUGGAUGAUUGGAACAGCGGAACAUCAUACCCUGUACAACUAUCAGCUUGUCGGCGCAUCUAAUCACUACCUGGGUUUGAUUCAGACAGAGACACCAUAUUACCAGCCCUCGCCUGCUCCUCCCUCGCCAUUCAGCAUUGUGAGCUCAUACAACGACCCAAGCUUCAGCAACCAGAACGCAGCGUGGUCCCUCCGAGUAGCAUCAUCCAGCAAUAUUCUGGUGUUUGGUGCUGGGCUCUACAGCUUCUUCCAGAAUUACGACCAGACUUGCGAUAACAACUUUAACUGCCAGCAGCAGAUCCUCGACAUUGACUCGUCCUCCACUGUCUCCAUCUACAGUCUCUCCACAGUUUUCAGUGUUUAUCAGCUAAGUAUCAACGAACAGGGCAUAAUCCCCAACAGCGCGAACAGGAACGGCUUCGCCCAGACGAUCACUGCUUGGACCCGCUCUUGA